CUCUCUCAACUUGAUUCCAAAAUUGGUAUAAUAUCAUCGAUUUGAAGUCAUUUCGCAAAUUUCACUUUUCAUUACAUGAGAGAGAAUGUUUGAUGCGUCCAGGUUCAGCUUUCCGGAUAAACAUUGAUAAGAAUUUUGUUCGCAGCAGAAAUCAGAAUCCUGAAUCCUUCGGAAUCAGAGCUUCAGAAAUCAGAAUCAGAAUUUCAGAAUUCAUUCAUAAAAAAGUCAUGAUCAUGCCUCGAAAACGACCAUUCAAUUCGCAAGAACUCAAAUCCACGUCCGCCAAAGACUGCCAUUUAAACGUAUCAUCAACCGACGACACCAACUGGGCCGGAUUACAGCCAAAAACCACCGAAACCAUAAUAAUUCGUCGUAACAUCACUCGCAUCCUCAUGUCUCACUCCGUCGCUGUAAUUUACGGUGCCCUGAUGACAUACACCAUUCUAACUCACGAUCACACAUUCAACAUCGGCAGCAUCUACUUCCUACCAGUAUUGGGUAUACAUACAGUAUUCGAGUACUUUAAAAGUUUCUUCGUCUUGAAACGCACAAACUCUAGUCUUAAAAAUAUCGAUCAAUAUGUUCUACACUUCGUAUCAACUCACGCUUUAGGCGUAGCCAUUUGUUACAUUCUAGCGGUACUUUUCGGCGCAGAUUUCUUCGAUAAUAUCGAAGGUACUUUUGUAUUCAGCUGUAUUAUGACCACCUUCGUCGUAGUACCAUUAUUUUUCGAAACCGGUGCGAAUUGCUUACUGUUGCUGUUUUCGCAACAAGAAACCAAUAAAUUCACAGAGAAGAUUACCCUGAAUGUAUCCUAUUGCGUUAUUGCCGGAGCUUGGGUGGGUGCUUUUGUUAUUCCGUUGGAUUGGGAUAGACCUUGGCAAAUUUGGCCUACUCCUUGCAUCAUCGGAGCUCUGUUCGGUUACAUUGCCGGUGAAUUGAUUUCGUGUGCGAGAAUUUUACUAGUUGGAUUGAAUAAUUGAUUGAUAAGUUCUGGUAUUGUUCGCUAUUUCGUUGUCACUGUGAUAUUCUUUAAUUGUGAGGCUAAUUUGUUAUAUUAUUUUCCUAAUAAAUUGUUCCAUCCGAGAGUUAAUUUAA